GACCAAAUGUCACAUCACCAUUUACGCUGGAAGGUGACUUGGUGGAGCUCAGCAGCAAGCUUUUGCUGUACUACACCCCACAGGCCUGCAGGAACAACAUCUGCCUGGACCUCUCUCCCAGCCAUGGCUUGGACGGGAGGCUGACGGGGCACAAGGUGGUCAACUGGGACAUCAAGGACGUUGUCAACUGUGUGGGUGGGAUGGGCGUGCUGCUGCCCCUGCUCGAGCAAGUGGUGUCCAAGAAGGAGGAGCCUGAGGAUGAGCAGGAGACCAACGACCUGGUGGGACCAGAGCUGACGUCCUCCAGGAACGCCCAGGGCAUGCUUAUCCCGCUGGGCAAGUCCUCAGAGAGCAGGCUGGAGAGGAACAGCGUGUCCGCCUCCCUUCUCUGGGUGAAGAACUGCAUCCAGAACCACCCGGUGAACCAGGAGAGCCUGGUGCAGUGCCACGGGCCGGCCAUCAUCGGGGCACUGCUGCAGAAGGUCUCCAGUCCGCUGCUGGACAUGAGCACGCUGAUGGCCUCGCAGAUCCUCAUGGAGCAGGUGGCCUCUGAGGGCAGCGGGCUCCUGCUGCACCUCCUCUACCAGCAUCUCCUCUUCGACUUCCGCAUCUGGAGCAACAGCGACUUCGCCGUCCGCUUAGGUCAUAUCCAGUAUCUGGCCAACGUCGUCAAGGACCACAAGCAGCGCAUCUGCAAGAAGUACGGGGUGCAGUACAUCCUUGACUCCAUCCGGACGUACUACGGGCUGCCCCGGACCUCCUCAGGCUUCAUGGUGGGAUUUGGGAUCAUGCUGGUGAUAGAGGAGAUGCAGAGCUUGCUGAGCUACGUGGCUGGGGCGCAGGACGAGCAGCAGGUCUGCGGGGCACUGGAGGUGAUCCACAGCCUGCUGAAGGGCUCGCCUGCCCAGGAGCAGCUCUUUGCCUUCCUCUUUGAGCCAGGCCACGUGGAGGUCCUCUUCUCGUUGCUGGUGCAGAAGAAGUUCUCGGAUGAAGUGCGGGAGAGGGUCUUCAAGGUCCUCUACAAGAUGCUGAAGUACGAGAAGGUCUCCGAGCGCAGCAAGAACCGCCUGAAGCUGAAGGACAUCGGGUACCAGGGGCUCAUCGCCUGCCUCAGCGACGUCCCCGGCUCCAUGCUGCUCUUCCGCUGCCUCUCGGAGCAGGUCCUCGGGGCAGACCCCCCCAACUACAAGGACCUGGUGGCUGUGGUUUACCUGUCCCACCGGGCUGAGCUGACCGUCCGCCUCGAUAUCUGCCGCAAGCAGGACAUGGUGAAGCAGCUGGAGAGGUUGGCCGGCUGGCAGGACACGCUCACCAAGCUCUACGUCAAAGAGUCCUACGAGUCCCGCCAGCACAGCCUGAGCAUCACGGGCAAUGGGGGCUGCCUGGAGCUCCUCCGCCUCUCAGACCCCUCCGGCAAAGAGGGGACGAGCCCGCCGCCGGCCGAGCUGCAGGAGCUGGACGUCUUCCUGCCGCUGGGCUACGAGGCCUCAGACCAGGAGCUCUCUGAGGGCUUCUCCGACCACUCCAUCUCCCCGAGCGGCCGCACCAAGUCCUUCCACUCCUACAACUUCAAGUCUUUCGACUCCUCCGACCGGACCAGCCGCUCAUCCUCCAACCCCGGUGAUGGUCCUCCCUUCGAUGGUGUCUACCACCCGCUCUCGCCCUUCUCCACCUCACCCUUCGACCUGGGGCUCGACCUGGCUAGCACCAGCUCCAUCGCCACAGCCGAGAGCGGCACGCAGACCCCUGCCAGCGGCCCUGGCACCCCCUCGCCCCUGGAGAGCUUUAAGCCCUUCCCAGGGAUGCGAGCACGCAAGAGCUCCAGCCUCUCAAACGUCCUAGAUGAGAGCAGCUACCAGGACGUGCUGCCCAGUGACAACAUUUCCAACACCAGCAAUCCCCAGCAAACACCCGAGGAGGAGCUGUGCAACCUCCUGACCAACAUCGUCUUCUCGGUGACCUGGCGCGGGGUGGAGGGCUGGGAUGACGUGGCGUGGAGGGAACGCGGGCAGGUCUUCUCCGUCCUCACCAAGCUGGGGACGGCGUGCGAGCUAGUACGGCCCCCUGAUGAGAUCAAGCGCAGCCUGCUGGAGAUGAUGCUGGAGUCAGCGCUGACGGACCUGAAGGAGUCGGGGCCGGCCGCCCUGCCCGGUCUCACCCACAAUGCCCUCAAGCUGCUGCGGUUGCUCCAGGACUUCUUGUUCUCUGAGGGACACAACAACCAAGCCCUGUGGAGCGAGAAGAUCUACGAGGGGGUGAGCAGUCUUCUGGACAAGCUGGGCGUCUGGUACCACCUGGCCAACGGCACCUCCGACCUCAAGGAGAUGGCCCAGACGGGUCUACGUGUCCUCGUGGGCUACAUCAUGCUGCAGGACCCCCAGCUGCACUCGCUGGCGUACGUGAAGCUGCACAGCCUGCUGCAGACCGCCUCGGCCCCCAAAAAGGACGAGUCGGAGACCUUCUCCUGGUUGGUGCCCAUCGUCCGGACGCUCAUGGACCAGUGCUACGAGACCCUGCAGCUGCAGGUCUUCCUGCCCUCGCUGCCCCCCACCAACGGCAGCCCCACUUUCUACGAGGACUUCCAGCUCUUCUGCACCACCCCGGAGUGGAGGGGCUUCAUCGAGAAGCACGUGCAGCCCACCAUGGCCCAGUUUGAAAUGGACACCUUUGCCAAGAGCCACGACCACAUGUCCAAUUUCUGGAACGCCUGCUAUGAUGCCAUGAUGAGCAGCUCCCAGCGGCGGGAGAAGGAGAAGGCAGCCAGCCGUAAGAUGUUCCAGGAGCUGGUGCUGGAGCCGGCGGCGAAGCGCGCCAAGGCAGAAAACGCCCGGCACGCAAACGUGCUCAAGCAGGCCAACAACCACCACAGCACCGUGCUGAAGCAGUGGCGGUCCCUGUGCCGCCUCCUCACCUCACCCCGCUCCGCCUGGGCUGACCGGAACCCACCGGAGGUUCGCUGGAAGCUGUCGAGCGCCGAGACCUACUCCCGGAUGAGGUUGAAGCUGGUGCCCAACCUGAAUUUUGACCAACACUUGGAGGCCAGCGCCCUACGGGACAACCUGGGAGCCGACCAUCUCCACAAUCCCGCUGAGUCCCUCCCGCUCGCCAUGGCCAAGGAGGCCAAGGUGAGCGAACUGGAAGAUGACCAACUGGCUGAGGAGGACCUCCCCGUCCUGGACAACCA